ACUGUUGCCGGAUUGAACGUCGGUGCGACGCCCAUGGAUAUCCCAGGGCUCGUGCUGAGCGUUUUCGGGGUCGCAAGGGGCAUCCACAGCCUCAUAGACGAGCUCAAGUCCAAGAAGGAGAAGCUCCGCCAACUCCAAUGGAGAGUUAAAACACUGGUCGAAACCCUCCAACCGCUUAUCACCUCAGCGCCAGACUCAUCUUCUUCAUCGAGUCCAAUGAUAUCGGACCUCCUCUUCGACUCCUUAUCUCCCCAUGGAAUCUCAGAUAUGUUCUUGGAAUUGGCAGAGAUUCUGGGCAACAUCCGUGAAAGGAUAGCAUUGGUCAAGGAUAAGGACCGAUCCAAGUUUGGGAAGAUCAUGGAGUUUGUGAAUCCUUCCGUAUUAUUGGGAAGACUGGAAGACGAUGAAAAGAGGUUGUCAAGAUGGAUCGAGUUGUUCGCGUUGAGAAUCCAGAUACGCACUGUUGCUGGUCCCAGUCGACAGAACUCUCGCAUGGACCCGGAUGCGACCCUUGCUCCAACAGACGACAAAGGGGAGGGGCCGGCCAUUAAACGGGUUGGAACUAGCGAGGCUGGUGUAGCCGAAGCCUCUAGGUUCUGGGAGAUUUGCUUCGGAGAGUUAGACGCGGCAGAGCCGAACGAGUUCUUCGUUGCACUUAAGGGAUGGGUCAGAGAAAGCCUUGAUGAUUGUGACUGCGCGUCAAUGGCACUCACAAUCGACCCAGAAGGGCUGGGGAUCAUACCUCGAAGGAACCUCAUGCAAACACUUGGGUCGGGGAGUGUAGUGGGAUUCGCAAAGAAGAUAAAAUCCAAUCCCAGAGGAAACGCUUUCAGCAAUCUGGAUGGGAGCGAGCAGGGUGAACGACGACAACGCAAUCAAGAGGAAGAGCUGAAGCCAACCAUCGUCUGGGUGGAUGAUAGAGCCGAGAUGGUCGAGACCGAAACCGAGCAUGCUCGUUCGCUCGGAAUCCGAGUCAUCCUUCUGCCCUCGACUUUCGCCGCUAAAUUCUGGAUACGAGAAAACGAAGUCGGUGGGAGUCGCACCCACACAGCGGGACAGUCGUAUUGA